UUGAUUGCCCACUGAAUAUUUAUGAUUCCUCUAUACUCCUUGUGGCUUUGACCACAAUAGAAAAAUGAUAAAGAGAGUGGUUGAUGAUUCUGUUCUUGCUUUAAGGGAUUAUGUUCCCCAUUCUAAGGUCUCCAAGUCAUAAUAAGCUAAGCCCCUUUUUUUGAUAUGCUUGCUUGAUUCUUCUUCUUCUUCUACUGUUGGAAACUAACUUUUUGGGUCAACUGCUGAGGUUUUAGAAUGAAGGAUUGGGCUGCUCCCCUCAUAGGUGCGGCGCUGUUUGCACUUUUGUCACCAGGAACACUCUUUCAAAUGCCCGGAAAGAAUCGUCCACUUGAUUUUAUGAACAUGACGACUAGUAUUGCUUCCAUGUUUGUGCACGCUGUUCUCUACGCUUUACUUCUUAUUCUGUUUCUUGUUAUUCUCAACAUUCACCUCUACGUCUAGGAAGCAAUUAGGUUGCUAGAUAGGACAAAAAGUAUGUUCCUGAUCUUUUUAUUUUGCUGCUCUUGAUCGAUGUAUGCCUUCGGGAAAUCAGAAAUGAAGAGG